AUGGCCGGCCCGUCCGACGGCGAACCCGACGGAUGGGUCGAGUUCUGUGAGCGUCAGGCUAAAACCGCCGCUCAGGACUUCGCCAAGGCUUGCUUACAAUACAUACAAACGGGAACUCCCGAAGGUUCGACUCGACCCAACGUUACACAGAAAGAGUUUUUAAAAAAAUUCGUUGAUUGUUUCACUGAACAUUUUGACUUAGAAUUUGGCAAAUUAAAAGCUCAGCACAAGCUACCGAACGGAACGCACACCGGCCACGAUGAAAGUGACUAUUCAGAAGACACUGAUUCCCCAAAAACACAACAUAAACCAUUUUUCAGAAGGUUAUCUUUUAAGGGUCUCAGACGCGGUAAAGGUCUUUUUCAUAAACAACAUUCUGAUGAUGCUGAACUGUCGUCGAAUUUGAACAAACAUAGCAAAACAAAACUUGCCAAAAUCGUUGUGGAAUGCAGAAAGGAAGGUUUAGUGAAUUAUUUGACACCAGAAAGCUUAGAGCAGCCUAGUGGGCCACAGAAAUGGGAGAAAUGCAGAUUAGCGUUAGUAAAAACAGUUGGAGGUUAUAUGUUGGAAUUUUAUUCUCCACCAAAGGCACAAAAGCCUCGGAGUGGGGUGUUUUGUUUUCUCAUAUCGGAGGCUAGGGAAACUACAGCUUUAGAAAUGCCAGAUCAUGAAAACACAUUUGUCCUGAAGGCGGACAACAACAUGGAGUACGUGAUCGAGGCCGCGGACGUGGACGACAUGAAGUCGUGGCUGGCUACGAUAAAGUACUGCAUGCGGUCGGCGCCCACCAGCCAGCCGCCGCCCGAUUCGUUGGCGGGACUCCCAGAGUCCGCGCCGCCGGACCUGCCGCCGCGGCGGGACCUCCCCCCCAGCGCGAGCAACGCCGACCUGGCGACGGACACGCCCGAGGAGGGCGAGCUGGGCUCGAUCGCGGAGGAGGCGUGGGCGGGCGGCGGGCGCGUGUCGCUCGGCGAGUGGCCCUGGUUCCACGGCACGCUGGCGCGGGCGGCGGCCGCGGCGUGCGUGCUCGCCGGCGGCGCGGCCGCGCACGGCUGCUACCUGGUGCGCCAGAGCGAGACGCGCCGCGGCGAGUACGUGCUCACCUUCAACUUCCAGCGAGUCCGGCCAGUGCCGCGUGCAGCACCUCUGGUUCCCAACGUGCACGACAUGCUCGAGCACUUCCGCGCCAACGCCAUCCCGCUCGAGUCGGGCGGCGCCGCCGACGUGACGCUCACCGAGUACGUCGUCUGCCACGAGGGAGCCCGCCAACAACUGGGCGUGACACACGGCAGUAACGUGAGAAUGCGAAGGGCUGAAAUGGAAGCCCUGCUCGUUGCUAGCGGCGCCCAACAAGACCAACGGGCCGUCGAUAAUAAGUACAGCUUCGUG